GCGGCAGGGCGGAGCGGAGCGGGUGAGGGGUGGGGGGACCGGGCGCGGUGUCGGUGUUGUCGGUGCGGCGGCGCGCAGCCAUGGACACGCUGGGCAGGAAGGUGGUGGUGUGCGACAACGGCACCGGGUUUGUGAAAUGUGGCUAUGCAGGCUCAAAUUUUCCAGAGCACAUUUUUCCAGCUUUGGUUGGAAGACCCAUUAUAAGAUCAACUGCUAAAGUGGGAAACAUUGAAAUCAAGGAUCUCAUGGUUGGUGAUGAAGCAAGUGAAUUGCGCUCAAUGCUGGAAGUGAACUAUCCAAUGGAGAAUGGCAUAGUUCGGAACUGGGAUGAUAUGAAGCACCUCUGGGAUUAUACUUUUGGACCAGAAAAACUUAAUAUUGACACAAAAAAUUGUAAAAUACUGCUCACAGAACCUCCCAUGAAUCCAACUAAAAAUAGGGAGAAGAUUGUGGAGGUUAUGUUUGAGACAUACCAGUUUUCUGGGGUGUAUGUAGCCAUUCAGGCUGUUCUUACUUUGUAUGCUCAAGGAUUGUUGACUGGUGUUGUUGUGGACUCUGGAGAUGGGGUAACUCAUAUUUGCCCAGUUUAUGAAGGUUUCUCUCUCCCUCAUCUCACCAGACGGUUAGAUAUCGCUGGGAGGGACAUCACUAGAUACCUCAUUAAGCUCCUCUUACUGCGAGGGUAUGCUUUCAACCAUUCUGCUGAUUUUGAGACUGUUCGCAUGAUCAAGGAGAAGCUAUGUUACGUGGGAUACAAUAUUGAACAGGAGCAGAAACUGGCAUUAGAGACCACAGUACUAGUUGAAUCCUACACGCUCCCGGAUGGCAGGAUUAUCAAAGUUGGCGGAGAACGGUUCGAGGCACCAGAGGCUCUCUUCCAGCCUCACUUAAUCAACGUAGAGGGGGUUGGGGUGGCUGAAUUGCUGUUUAACACCAUCCAGGCCGCUGACAUUGAUACCAGGUCUGAGUUCUACAAGCACAUUGUGCUGUCUGGAGGGUCUACCAUGUACCCCGGGCUGCCUUCGCGACUGGAGCGGGAGCUCAAACAGCUCUACCUGGAACGAGUUCUGAAAGGAGAUGUGGAAAAACUCUCGAAAUUUAAGAUCCGAAUUGAAGAUCCACCUCGUCGGAAGCACAUGGUGUUUUUGGGUGGCGCAGUUCUAGCAGACAUCAUGAAAGACAAAGACAACUUCUGGAUGACCCGACAAGAAUACCAAGAAAAGGGAGUGCGGGUGCUGGAGAAGCUUGGUGUGACUGUUCGAUAAACCCCAAAGCUUGUUCCCGUCACAUGUCUAAAGCUUUUUUCCUUUCAUUGCCAAUCUCAGAACUCACUCAGCUACAUGCUAUGGAAAGGCCUGUCUGUAGCCUUUUGACCCGAAGGUCAGGUUUUGUUCUGGUUUCUUGGGGUAGCUUUUUGUUAAAUGUUUCUUAAUGUGGCUAAAUUUGACUAUUAAAUUUGACCACUUCCCUGCGAACAAAACGGAGCAAGAGCAGCCUGCCUACUUCAUUGUUCCUUCCCAGUAGGCAAUUGGGUAAAUCUGGUAGGCUUUUUCUUCUGGGUUUGUUGCUGUAGUACUGCUAGCUUUUGUCUCUAGUUCACGAGGGGUUGUGUGCCUUUUUUAGCAUAAGAAAACCUUUAAACGGGAGUUUUUGCUAUUGGAUCAUUGUGGUUAUCUUUGCAUCUUUUUGCAUCUCUCUACAUUAGGAUUAUUUUUUUUCUUUCCUGCAAUUAGGAAGUUUGAUUAAACAUUGUUAGAAACUAGUUUAACUAGCUGGAAUGGCUUUAACACACUGUUUUGAUGUAAUGUGGUUCUAUAAGCACUGCUGCCUAAGCUGGCUUCUGAGGUGGUUUGUCCUUAAGGGGGGAGUGGCUUUCAUACUGUAUUUCUCUAAGUGGGCAUGUACACAGUUGCCACAAAUGGAGAAACACCUGAUAUUCUGGCAAAUGUAAGUUUGUGGCCUUAGGGGUCUUUCUCUAGAGGGAGGAGACCGGUUUGAGCUGUGUUGCUUUUCUGUUAAGGAACAGUUGGGGGUCAGUCUGACCAAAAAUGCCUCUUUUUGUAGCUAAAUUUUGGUACUGUGUUGUCUUGGCACAGGGAGCAAGAACUUUAAAUGAGCUAUUCUGUAAUGGUUGAGAAACUUAGAUAUGCUGAGACAGGAGCCUCUAAACUUCUGAAGAGAUUGAAUACUUUCAGAAAUGCUUGUGAGAACUGUAGCUAUAGAUAUUAAAACCCCGAAAACUAAGUUUGAGAAGUCUGAUGUUUCAAGUGCUUGUAUGUACAUCAGAAGCACUUCCAUUAAACUUUACAAGUAUAUUAACCUAGUGCCAAGUAGUUACUGCAAAUGAAUAUUUCAGUGACCAGUGUUUGUUGCAACAAACAGAUAUUUAUAAACAACCACUGGCAGUAGGUUAUAAAGAAUGACCUAUAUUUGUUCCGGUUAAAAAUAACAUUGGAAUAUGAGAUGCUGUUGGUUGGUAAAUAUCCACAAUUUGUUUUGUCCAGUCUUGAUUUUUGAUACUUAACCUGGGACGGGGAAGGAAGUGAAAACCAGUGAUGAAAAUGCUGUUUCCAAAAGUACAUUAAAGCUGAGUUGUUCUGAAAAAUAGAAGUUGUCAUUAGUAAUUAUCAGCCAUUUUCUCUGAGUAUAGUUGCCUCUCUUUUCUUCCUGCUAGCAGACUGGUAACUAUCUUUGCAGUAAAAUCUGCCUUACAUAAAGCAUAGCAAAAACUGCUUGCAUACAAAUGCCGGUUGCACUUACUUCUGCUUUGCUUUCCAUGGAAAUACUGUAUCACUUCUUACUGGUUUUCCAAGCCUACCAUAACAUUGAAGCAUAAGGAAGAUCUGCUUUUGACUUCCGAACCUUAGAAUAUACAAGAGAUGCUUUCAUAUACUUGCCAUUUGUCUGCAUCUUUACAGUAAUAAUUGACCCCAGGAACAUGGAAAUAUUAAAACUCCCUUGGAUUGUUAAAAUUUACUUUCUUUCUAAAUGGAGCAGGCAGCUUCCUUUUGGCUGAGCAAGCCAAACAGGCAGAAACUAUGUCUGCAUUUCUUUAAUAACAAGACAGUCACUAUAGUAUUGCUAGUAAUGACCAUUUAAUUAUAGGUGGGUGGGGUUUUUUGCAGCUAUAUUUACUCUUAACUUGAACAAUAUGAAUUUACAGGCAUGCCGGUCGUGCCUCGGUGCAUGCACUUAAGCAGCUACUAGAUUUUUGGGGACAUGAAUGUAAGGGGUACUCUGAAUUCCUGUAGUCUUCGGAACGUUUAAUACACAAGAUUUUAAAAUGCUGUGGGCUUGCUUUAGAGCUAUGGUCUCUCAUGUGACUGUCUGUGGGCUUUUCAGACAGUGUUGAGAAUCAUGGAAAUAAACCAAAGAAUGACUUACCCUUUUUGAAUGACAAUCUGUCAUGUGAUUUAUCAAAUCUAGACCUUGACCCUGCAGCCCCUUUUCUAAACCAUCUUCUCCCCUGUUCGCUGGCUUCUGUUAGGUAUGUGCAUGUUUGAGUAAAGGUUUUGGAAUUUGGCCCUUUCGCUAGAGAACUUCACAGCACCAUGAGUAAUAAAUGUCAGUUGAUUGUGCAGAAUCCUGGGUUUCCAUGGAAACCGUGUAUAUAUGAAAAG